ACAAAUUUUACGAAUUUAGAAUAUAAAUGAUGUCGAUAUACUGUCCUCCGGCCGGCCGGAGCCAAACGGAAUAAAGGGUAUAAUUGUAAAAACAAGCCGACCACGACGGCGCGACCACCUUCCUUUAUUUCAACAUGUAUAGUUUCCCUUUUGGACUUUCAAGUUGCACACUGUUAACACAGACUGGUCGGUAGGGGUCUAAAAGAUGGAGAAAGUGGAGCACAAAUACAUUCAAGUUAACGGGUCAAAGCUCCACAUCGCUGAGCUCGGAUCCGGAUCCAAAACCAUCCUUUUCCUUCAUGGGUUUCCCGAGAUAUGGUACACGUGGCGUUACCAGAUGACUUGCGUUGCUGAAGCUGGCUACAGAGCUAUAGCUAUUGACCUUAGAGGUUACGGGUUGUCCGACCCGAAACCCCAACCCGAGACUACCACGUACGCUGAUUGUUUGAGUGAUCUUCUUGCUUUGCUUGAUGCUCUGGCCAUUCCUAAGGUUAUUCUGAUUGCAAAAGACUUUGGAGCGUUCCCAGCUUAUCUUUUCACCCUACUUCACCCAACUAGGGUCAGCGGAGUUAUAUCAGUGGGUAUUGUAUUCACACCCCCAGGUCCCCGCACAUUCCUUAAACAGCUUCCAGAGGGAUUCUAUAUUAACAGAUGGCAGGUUCCUGGACGAGCUGAAGCUGAUUUUGGUCGCUUUGAUGCUAAGACGGUAGUGCGAAACGUCUAUAUAUUAUUCUCUAAAAGUGAAUUGCCUAUAGCUGCGGAGAACCAAGAGAUCAUGGAUCUGGUGGACCCAUCUACUCCUUUACCACCUUGGUUCACCGAGGAAGAUUUUGCUGUCUAUGGAUCUCUAUAUGAAAAAUCCGGGUUUACUACUGCAUUGAAAUUUCCGUAUAGGUCUUUUACCGAAGAAUUCAGCAUGUCGAACCCAAGAAUCGAUGUUCCUGCAAUGUUGAUUAUGGGUGAGAAGGAUUAUGUCCUCAAAUUUCCCGGAACAGAGGAUUACAUAAGGAGUGGAAAGGUGAAACAUUUUGCCCCAAAUUAUGAGAUUACAUUUUUGCCUGAAGGAACCCAUUUUGCUCCCGAGCAAUUGCCUGACCAAGUAAAUCAGCUGAUCCUCGCAUUCCUUGGAAAACAUAACUUGUAAACCUUUUUGAUGCUCCUGGUAUUCAAGUUUGUUGUGUGAAACGAUUACCCAAAUUUGGUUUCCAUUAUGCAAUAUGUAUGUAUUUAUGCCGCAAAUAAACUCAACUUAAGAGUUGGCUGUAAUAGCAAACACUUGCUUUUAGGCUGAAACUCAUGGUUACCUACUUUGAUCAA